AUGGCUGACUCGGACUCUUCUUCAUUGUCCUCGGCACCAUCCACUGAUGAUGAGGAAAUGGUGCGGAAAAUGACGAAGCCUAUGGGCUUGGACCGUUAUUUCAAGCCUGCGCCCAAGCCUGAAGCCACCCCAGAACCCCCCAAACGCGCCCCUUCACCUCCCCACGAAUAUACAUUAGCCGACAAUGAUGCAAUUGCUUUUAUUGUUAUGUUCAGAAGUCGAUUUAGCGACGCGUUUCCCAAGUCCGUGCCGCAGUAUGGUCCACAAGACAUUGAAAGAGGGGUCUCUGGUGAACUCCCCGACGAACAGGUGGAAAGACUUUUAUGUGCGUUAUUGGGUCUGGUGUUGAAUAGGAAGAAGGAUGUCGAGCGUGGACACUAUGGCAGGGCCCUUGAAGACGCAAUAUCUGCAAACCAGAAUCAGUGGCCAAGUGUGUGGAAAGGCGUCAAUCCGAUCCAUGGUGGCAAGAAUUUCAAUAACAUGACACCCGAGGAACGAUUAAAUCUUCUCAGAGCUCUCGUUCUUUGGUCACUCAACUCCUCGGAAACCGUGCAGGGACUCAUCAAAGAGUCGUAUAAACAGUCACGCCGGGACGACGACCGCAACCAACCACGAAGCGUUCAACCGUGGUUUUCAGAUCAAUACCGACGAAAAUACUGGCUCAUUGAAGGCCUGGACGAUUCCUAUUUCCGAAUCUAUAGAGAAAAUGAUGGGAAAACGGCCAAAACAAAUAGUUGGUUCAGUGUUGCCGGAUCCAUUCAAGACGUCCAUACAUUGGCAGACAAAUUCAGUGAAGAGCACACAUCGAAUUCGAAGGUGAUCAGUGACAAGUUGAGGUCAGCAAUUCCAAGAUUUGAGGCUGGUGAAGAGAAGCGCAAACGCCGCGACUACCGUCUCGCUCGGAAAGCUGCCUUCGCUCGACCCGAACCAGGAUUUUCUCUAUAUGAAGGACGGACUCGGGGCAAGAGAAUGAAAUACACAUUUUCGGACGAAGAGUACGGAUCUGAUGGGCUGUCUAGCAAGCGUUCCACAAGAAUUUCGGGAAGUUCCACCCCACUCGAGCAUGGACCUACCGUCACCGCAAGUGGAAGGCAGGUCAAGUCCCGGAUUGGCGGAGUAUAUGGUGAGAGCAUGCUGAUUGAUCAGCGCAAAGAACUAGAAAGGGCGGCAGGAGAAGGUCAUUUCACAGAAACUAGUGACGACAUGCCUUCUACCCUCCCCAACGGACGCGGAACACGAAUUUCGAGAUCAGGUAGACAUGUCAAAAUCACGAGAGUGAGAUACACAGAUGGCAUGGAUUCGGACAGUGACGAAGCCCAAUCCUCUGGAAAGGAAUGGAGUGGGAACGAGGACGAACCAGAUGAAUCUGAGCCGGACUUUAAUGCCGAGGACGAAGAUGACGACGAGGAUGAGGAAAUGAGCGACGAAGGACUCGAAGCCGACGAGUUGGUGGAAGAUGACAAUACUCAAGAGAGCCUCGUGGUACAGCUGAGAUAUCGGAAAGGCAAGACGUCGCUGGGGACAGAACGACAAUCUGCUCAUCAGCAGAUUACGAAUCGCAACUCCAUCAUUCGGUCGAUACAGUCGGAAACCGCAUGUCAAGCACCUGCAGCACUGACGGAUACUACCAUGAUGGACACCAUUGACGUUGUUCCGCGAACCAAGGUGACGAGUGGUGCACAAGGUCUUCCGAAUGGAGUCAAGAAUGUCGAAACAGGGGGAACUGCACAAACUCCUCCUCAGCCGCCGCCUCCACCUACGAUGCAGGCUGAGAUUCAGUCCAUGGAUAUGUCGUAA